UAUUUUUUUAUGGACAUAGCUUGACCUAAAGUCUACCAUACUGAUUAAAAAAUUAAAGGGGAAAUUGAUUAAAAAAAUGAAUGGCAAUUUGAGGUGUUCUUGUUUAAAUUGGCUUUGGCUUUUGACCUUUUUACUUCUUUAGUACCAUCAUUUAUCUCCCUUCAACUCCAAAGUUGAGAAUUCUCAAACUCAGAUCUUACUCUGAACAACAUGGCCAAAACACCCAUCAAAUACUAUGUGGUUGAUGCAUUCACCAACUCCGCCUUCAAGGGAAACCCAGCUGCGGUUUGUUUGUUGGAGGAAGAAAGAGAUGAGAAAUGGAUGCAAUCAGUGGCUGCUGAGUUUAAUAUCUCCGAGACUUGUUACUUGACUCGGAUCACCAAUUCCACCUCUCCAAACACCAGGUUUCGUCUUAGAUGGUUUACCCCCGUUGCCGAGGUAAAUCUAUGUGGUCAUGCAACCUUAGCAUCUGCUCAUACUCUCUUUACAACUGGUUUGGUAAAUUCAAACAUUAUUGAAUUUGAUACAUUAUCUGGAAUCCUAACUGCCACAAAGGUUCCAGAUGUUUGUCCAACCAAUGUCUCUGAGGUUCAGAACGGCGGAGUGAGCGACUGCUCUCUGAUCGAACUGAAUUUUCCUACAGUUCCAGUCACCGACUUCAAUUCUGCUGAGGCUUCACUUAUAUCGAAAGCCUUGAACGAUGCUCCACUUAUUGAUGUUAAGAGAACGACUACCGCAGAUGAUAUCUUUGUUGUGCUCCCAUCUGGAAAAUCUGUUAUUGAAAUGGAGCCACGGUCCGACGACAUACUGAAAUGUCCUGGACGAGGCUUAAUUGUUUCAGGAGCUGCCCCUUCAGAUUCUGAAUUUGAUUUUAUUAGUCGGUUCUUCUGUCCUAAGUAUGGUAUUAAAGAGGAUCCGGUUUGUGGAAGUGCACACUGUGCCUUGGCACCCUAUUGGAGCCAAAAGCUGGGAAAGUUAGAACUUGUUGCGCAUGCGGCAUCACCUAGAGGAGGAAUAGUGAAUAUCCAUUUCGAUGAGCAGAACCAGAGAGUGCUUCUGCGAGGAAAAGCUGUUAUGGUGAUGGAAGGCUCUAUUUUGGUGUAGAUUUGGAGUUCCAAUUUCCCUACCCUGGUCCUGGAUGAAUUGCAAGUUCUAAUGAUAGUUACUGCCUUCAACAUUUCCCUGCAACUUUAAUUAUUAUGGACUUAUGAGGUUUUGGUUUAAUGAGGUACUGUUUAUGUGGAUUUGAUGUUGGUGUUUUUGAGAAAGGGAAGCAGAGGACAUUGAAGCAAAACGUGCAAAAAAAAAAAAACGAAGCUGAUCUCCACUUCUUUUAUAACACCUCAUACCCGAUCUGGAUGCCAAGUCGAAUAUCGAGAUGCCACACCACAAUCUCACCACUUGUUCAUCUAAAACAAUAUGUUAUUUCUCAUGCAUCUUUCUUUUUUUCAAUUAAUAAUAACAUAGCAUUAUCAUGAAUUAUAAA